AUGGAGGGCCCUGUGGAUAAAAGCUUCCUGAAGGGGACGGUUCCCUGUGUCUUCACAUUUGUUCCUGUUGUGGAGAAACUUACAAUUAAAAACUCUUUGGAGACGUCGUCUGCAGCUUCACAGAAGAAACAACGUGAGAACGUGGUAGAGGUGGAGACCACCAUGUCAAGAGAGCAGCCUUUCACAAACUCAGAGAGGAGCGGAGGAAGGACCAGCGUACAAUCGUACAGAAACAUCGCUCGUGCACCUCCACAUGAUCCUGUGUUUGGCCUGGCUCCCUCCUUCCGAGAUCCGUCUGAAAAUAUCUCUCACGGGGAACAGGCCCCAAUGGAGGCAGCUGCAAAUAAACACACAGAAAUUUCAGAGCAACGCUAUCAGUGUGUCCCGGGGCGGGCGCCUGAGCAUAUCGUGUCCAAUGUCUCCAACAACCUCCCGCCACCGCCCCCCAUUAACACGUUUGUCUCUCCUCACAGCCAUUUUAAGAAAAGGUCGUCUCCCAGUUUUGUCCUCCACAGUCCAGCGCCCUUACACUCCCUGCUGGCCGGUCAACAACAUCACAUUAGGCAAUUGCAGCGCUUGUUCGGCUGCUUCCAGUGUCGCGUCGAUUCCCUUCGAGCUAUCGUCUGA